AUGACGAAGCCAGGCAAGAGAGCGAAAGCAAUGGCCGUUGGCGACAGGAUCAGCGGCCUCCCCGACGAGCUGCUCCACCGCAUCCUGUUCUCCUUGCCGGCGCAGGACGCCGUGCGCACGUGCGUGCUGUCACCAAGGUGGCGCCACCUCUGGUUGUCCGCACGGCACCUCAAUGUCAGCACUCUGGGGUUCACCGGCGAGGUGAGAUUCGCCCAGUUUGUGAAUAACUUGCUGCUGCGUCGUGGCCAUGCACCUCUCGACACCUUCUGCCUGCGUGCUGAGGGGCCUCACAUUUUGUUUGACAAUAUCCGUGACACUGCCAACCUGUGGAUAUACCAUGCCCUGAGGUGCAAUGUUCAGGCGUUGAGUAUUGCCGACCAUGACCUGUACGAGGAAGGCGAAACAGAAGAUAUUCUUAGAACCUUCCACCCCGACCGUUACUCCUUUACCUCAUCACACUUGAAAAGAUUGCAUCUUCACUAUGUUUGUGUCAGCAAUUGCCUCAUCAAGCAGCUCUUUUCUGGCUGCCCGGCGUUGGAAGACCUAGAGAUGAAUGACUGUGACAUCACUGCCACAGAAUUUUCCUCUACCACAUUGAAGAACUUGAGCAUCAGCACCGUUGGUUUCUCUGUAACAAAAGAUGAGGAAGUUGAUAUUGUUAUAAAUAUGCCUAGUCUAGUCUCGCUAUGCAUCGGUGCACUACUCUGUACGAAGCCUUCUUUUAUCAACAUGCGAUCAUUGUUAACAGCCUCCAUUCACUCAGAACAGACAGGGUUUGAAUUUGUUAAUGGCUGCUCUAUUCUUCGUGCUUUUUCGAACGCCAGGAACUUGACACUGCUGCACGUUGGCCCCAUGGUUGGGAAGGAAUUAUUGGGAAAUGAGAUACUAUUCCAUCAAGUAGUGUUCACUAAUUUGACAACUUUGUCUUUGAAUGAAUGGUGUUUGCAUAAUAGCUGCAAAGCACUGCUGUACGUGCUUAGGCACUCACCUAAUUUAGAAAAGCUUACUCUUGGGUUGUCCGAGGUUGGAGCUUUAAUCUAUCGACGUCCCGAGCUUUCAGGAAAUUUUGCUGUGAAAAUAAACCCCUGUUGCAAGGGAACAGAGACACCAUUUUAUUGCCAGAAGCUUAAGAAAAUCGAAAUUACCUGCCCAAAGCAUGAUAAAAGAGUCGGUGUCGUGGUGGCGAUCUUAUGCGCUAACCUUAUCUCUCUCCCAGAAAUAAAUAUCAAGCCAUCUUGA